AUGCCCCAGAAGGAACGUGACGGCAUUAUGCAAGGCCUCCACCGGGGUAGCUCUCGUGUGCUGAUUUCCACCGAUGUGCGGUUUGACCAAAAGUCGAAGCGAUUAGAGGUUGAGGACACGCGGUUUCGAACUAUGUUCUCGCGGACAGCGAGCAGGAAUUCAGUCGGAUGUGCAAAAGGCGGCAAUCGUAGCCAAGAUAGCAAAGUAGAGCACCUACGAAUCAUCCCAAUGUCACUGCCAUUCUGUCUCAGCAUUACGCUAAGACCUCUAAGGUCAUGA